UGAUAAUCAAGAUGAUCAAGAUACUUUUGAUAGCCGCUCUCGUUGUGGCUUGCAAUGCCCUAUCUAAAGUUCAAGUUAGCCCCAUAUGUACCAGCAAAGCUCCAGUUGAAGCAUUAGCUGCACCAGCAGCAGCAAGGUCUUCUAAGGCAAAACUAACAGAGGAAGAGGCUGUAAAACUUCUGGGUGUGAAUAGCGUGGGUGGAGCUAAAGUAAAAAGAUCUGCUGUAAAAGGAGCUGCCGAAGCAAGAGCUGCACUAAGUAAAGCUUCCGGAAGUAUUAUUCUUCCCAUACCGUGGAAACCUAAUCCAUGUCCACCAUUGCUGACAACUACAUUCGCUGGACAAGAUUUAUGUCCAUCCUAUUCACAACUUUUGACACAGUUUCCGAGUUCAAACGGAAAUGGUUAUUGUUAUGUUCUUUACCCCAAGUGGCAACGUAUUUAUGAAACUUUCUGCAAAUGCAAAGCCUGCAGAAACAGCUGCCCUUUUAGCAUUUUCACUAAACCAGGUUCUAUAAGAUUCAGGAAUUACUGUAAACCAAAAUACCGACGAACACGAUACGUUUGGGCAAUAUGUAUAAGCAAAAACCACUUCCAAUGCCUCCGUGAACGAGUAACUUAUUCUUCUGGUGGUUGCGAAUGCCGAGCCUACAGAACCUGUUAAAGAUAAACGCACUCUGGCGUGACUGGUAGAGAUUUAAUUCAUUUUCAAUUAAUUCCGAAUCAUUGCUGUUUAACCUGAAAUCGUUCUAAAAUAUAUGUAUUUUUUUAUUCUUAGUAUCGUGUUGGUAUGUAAAUCAACUUUAAACGUAUUCGCCGAUUUUUGCGAUUGAUAUGUUACAUUUAAAUUUGCCUAAUAAACAGUCUUAAAUCUCAAA